AGGAAUGUAAUCUAGUUUACAUUUCUCUAUGAAAACAUGCUGAGAUAGUCGUGUCACACAACAAGCAGCAGGAGCAGGCCCUUUACACCAAAACAAUGGCUGAAGCAACGGAGGCAAUGCGGCAAACUGUCGCUUCAAUGCUUCGGGGAAUUGAACGCUACAAUCCAGAGAACAUACACACUCUUGAACGGUAUGUGGAACUCCAAGCACGUGAUAAUGGAUAUGAUCUUGAGGCAAAUCUGGCUCUUCUCAAACUAUAUCAGUUCAACCCCAGUACUUACCAGUCCAACAUUGCGUGUCAAAUUCUUAUGAAAGCUUUGACCAACCUGCCACACACUGACUUUGUCCUCUGCAAAUGCCUCCUAGGCCAAGAUCAGAUGGAAGAAGCAAACAUUAAGAAGAUCAUGUACCUUCAUGAUCUUCUGGAGAUGUGUCAGUUUCAAACAUUCUGGAGAGAAAAGGCACAGUAUUCUACCCUUAUUAAUGGGAUUAAGGAUUUCAGUGACAGUAUCCGGAAAUAUGUUUGUCAUGUUAUAUCCAUCACUUACCAAAAUAUUGAGAAGCAUGUUCUCCAGCAGCUCCUUGGCAAUAUUGAUGAGGCAUCUUUACAAGCUUGGAUGAGUAAGUAUGGAUGGAAAGAAAUUGAGGAGGGACUAGUAUCUAUUGCAAGCCAAGAGGAUACAGUGAAGACAAAGAACAUUACUGAGAAGAUUGACUUUGAUAGUGUAGCUGGUAUUAUGGCUGCAUGCCGUUAAUGGUAAUACAGUGCUUGACUGUCGUUUUGCAUAAACUUUGUGUGUUACAA